GACGGGAUAGUGCUUUCUGUCUCUCAUUUGUGGUUUAAGAAAAGGGGGUGGUGUUCUGCAUUUGAAAGGACUUUAAUGAAUGCUGUCAGUGUUUGCGGGAGCUAAUGGUCAGUAUGGGAAAGGAGAGCAGGGGAAAGUGGUCUAGCUGCUUCAGGAUAGGUGGAUGAGAGUUUGCUCUGAUUGAACGGAAUGUUCCACCGUGUCUCAUCUUUUUUCAUUGUCCUUUGUUCUUUAUAAUGUGAUAUAUUGGUAUAAAAGUAAAUGUAGAUAUAUAUGUGAAUGUGAUUUAUUUUCCUUUCAAUUUGUUUAUUGUGUACAGCAGGGCAUAUACUUCUCUUGUCUUGGUUGGAUGCACAAAUCUGUGUGCAGUGCUUUUUGCCCGUUGCCUAGACGAUCACUUGGUUUCUCUGAGGAUGUCUGGUUCUCGUAAAGAGUUUGAUGUGAAGCAGAUUUUGAAAAUCAGAUGGAGGUGGUUUAGCCAUCAAGCAUCAUCUCCUAAUUCUACAGUUGACAGCCAGCAGGGAGAAUUUUGGAAUCGAGGACAGACCAGAGCAAACGGUGGGAGAAAGUUUUUAGAUUCAUGUAGCCUACAAUUGCCUUUGGCUUCAAUUGGUUACCGAAGGUCCAGCCAACUGGAUUUUCAGAAUUCACCUUCUUGGCCAAUGGCAUCCACCUCUGAAGUCCCUGCAUUUGAGUUUACAGCAGAAGAUUGUGGCGGUGCACAUUGGCUGGAUAGACCAGAAGUGGAUGACGGCACUAGUGAAGAAGAAAAUGAAUCUGAUUCCAGUUCAUGCAGGACCUCCAAUAGUAGUCAGACAUUAUCAUCCUGCCAUACUAUGGAGCCAUGUUCAUCAGAUGAAUUCUUCCAAGCCCUUAAUCAUGCUGAGCAAACAUUCAAAAAAAUGGAAAACUAUUUGAGACACAAACAGUUAUGUGAUGUAAUUCUGGUUGCUGGUGAUCGCAGAAUUCCGGCUCAUAGAUUGGUGCUCUCCUCUGUCUCAGAUUAUUUUGCUGCCAUGUUUACUAAUGAUGUCAGGGAAGCAAGACAAGAAGAAAUAAAAAUGGAAGGUGUAGAGCCAAAUUCACUCUGGUCCUUGAUUCAGUAUGCAUAUACAGGCCGCCUUGAAUUGAAAGAAGAUAAUAUUGAGUGCCUGUUAUCUACAGCUUGCCUUCUUCAGCUUUCACAGGUUGUGGAAGCAUGCUGUAAGUUUUUAAUGAAACAGCUUCACCCAUCCAACUGUCUUGGAAUCCGUUCUUUUGCUGAUGCUCAAGGUUGUACAGAUUUGCAUAAAGUGGCUCACAAUUACACUAUGGAACAUUUCAUGGAAGUAAUUCGAAACCAGGAAUUUGUAUUAUUACCAGCCAGUGAAAUUGCAAAACUCUUAGCAAGUGAUGACAUGAACAUUCCUAAUGAGGAGACAAUAUUGAAUGCACUUCUUACUUGGGUCCGUCAUGAUCUGGAACAGAGACGGAAAGAUCUCAGUAAACUUUUGGCUUACAUUAGGCUACCUCUUCUUGCACCACAGUUCUUGGCAGACAUCGAAAAUAAUGCACUUUUUCGAGAUGAUAUAGAAUGUCAGAAGCUCAUUAUGGAAGCAAUGAAGUAUCACUUAUUACCAGAGAGACGGCCCAUGUUACAGAGUCCUCGGACAAAACCUAGGAAGUCAACUGUCGGUACAUUGUUUGCAGUUGGAGGAAUGGAUUCAACAAAAGGAGCAACAAGCAUUGAAAAGUAUGACCUCCGUACAAAUAUGUGGACUCCUGUAGCAAAUAUGAAUGGGAGGAGGCUACAGUUCGGUGUUGCUGUGUUAGAUGACAAACUGUAUGUGGUUGGAGGAAGAGAUGGACUGAAAACUUUGAAUACUGUAGAAUGCUACAACCCCAAAACAAAAACUUGGAGUGUGAUGCCUCCUAUGUCUACACAUAGGCAUGGCCUUGGCGUGGCUGUGCUGGAAGGUCCUAUGUAUGCAGUAGGAGGGCAUGAUGGCUGGAGCUAUCUGAACACAGUGGAGAGAUGGGACCCUCAGGCUCGCCAGUGGAAUUUUGUUGCCACUAUGUCCACUCCCAGGAGCACAGUAGGUGUGGCAGUGCUAAGUGGAAAACUUUAUGCAGUUGGUGGUCGUGAUGGAAGUUCUUGCCUCAAGUCAGUAGAAUGUUUUGAUCCUCAUACUAAUAAGUGGACACUCUGUGCACAAAUGUCAAAAAGGCGAGGAGGAGUAGGAGUCACGACCUGGAAUGGACUGCUGUAUGCUAUCGGAGGCCAUGAUGCUCCCACGUCCAACUUGACUUCCAGACUCUCAGACUGCGUGGAGAGAUAUGAUCCCAAAACAGAUAUGUGGACUGCAGUGGCAUCUAUGAGCAUCAGCAGAGAUGCUGUGGGGGUGUGUUUACUUGGUGAUAAGUUAUAUGCUGUCGGAGGGUAUGAUGGACAGACUUACCUUAAUACAGUGGAAGCUUAUGAUCCCCAGACAAAUGAGUGGACCCAGGUUGCUCCACUGUGCCUAGGAAGAGCUGGGGCUUGCGUUGUGACUGUAAAAUUAUAACUUAGUGCUUUGUUUUCUAAAUGAAGAUAUCAUCUUCCUUUAUGAAUUUAGUAUAAUUAUUCUACUAUCAAUGGGUAUGUUUUUAGUAAAUUAGCAAGGCCGCAUUCCUGGGCACAAAGUGCCUGAUCUCUAAGUGAAGAUGUUAAAACAAAGGAGGAAAGAGCGGACAAACCAGGAUUAAAUAUUUUCAUUUCUUAGUAAAUCAAAACUGCAGCUGGUGGCUUGUGAACAUAUGUUCCUGAUACAAAAUAUGAGGACAAAUGCACUGCUUCUGAACACAACCCAGCGCUAACUGGGAGUUUCGUUUCUUAAUAAUCAAGCACAUUUUACUCACAUUAUCUAGGCUGCUUUUAUUACAGUGCGAAUACAUUGGAUUAAAACUUGUAACGUUUUACUUCGUAACUUUAUCAUACAUGAGUUACAGUAAUUUUUAUUUGUUUGUUUAACCACAACCACUGUUUUAAGGACAUACUGAAGACUAUGCAUUUAGUUUUUCUCAGAAAUAGCUGCCAUAUAUGUGCUUUGGUUGAGGAUUUUAUUUCUAGAAUUGGCUUAGUCCAAUGAAUAAAGAAAAACCUUAAAGAGUUAAAACAACAAUGACCAAAUAAAAACUGGAUAGGAUCUUUGGGAUCUAUUUAAAGAUUCAUUCCAUCUAGAUUCAACAAGAACUCCAUGUUAUGAUAUUCUUAAAUUGGAAUUGAAACAUGGUGUUUUGCAUUAAAUUUAAGAUAGGCAAUUUUAUGUGGAGAAAAUACAUGUUCUAUGCCCUCUAAUGUUCUUUCACCUAAUUAGUAUUUAAUUAUGUGGAUUUGCUUUCUUUUAUAUUAUUAAAAAUGUUCUGAUUUUGUCUUUUGAUAUUGACAGAAUUGUAUGGCUGUUCCUCUUUUCUCAAGUCUGUGUUUGCGCCCCUGCCUUGUUUCUUACCUUUUGCCACAGUUAGUAAUCCUUUGUGCUUCUUUGUAAUCAAACAGUUUGGGGGGAAUGGGUUUACUGAAUGUUUGAAAAAUAAGUUUAAAGUGUUUAUUACCCAAAGUUUUGUACAUUUGUAAGCUCUUAAUUACACAUGUGAAUGUUAAUACUCUCAGUGAAUUAUUUAUUGUUUGCAAAAAUGCACUGGGCAGUAACAUUUUAUGAUAAAUCUUUUAAGGUAUAAGUCAUUAACUUAUAUCUUAAUAUAAAGUGAGUACAAACUAAAUUCCCAUCUUUUAAAUACUAUAUUGUGGUUAAUGUGUUUUUUAUUUUAUAUCAAGGUAACCUUUCUUUUUGUUGCUUCUUUUAAGAAUUAAAACAAACUUUUUUUUUUAGCUGAUUUUGAAUGCUCAUGAAAUAUUUCUACCUUUGAAAUCAAGAAAUUUAGUACUUCUAGUCCCAAAACAAAUUCCAUGGGCAUUUUACUGAUGUGGCCACUAAGAAAAUAAUAGUGAUAGUGACAAAUAUGUUAAUAUUUCAUAUAUUCAUUAUACUGUGGAUAUAAAGUCAGUUAUUUUCCUGAUAAAGAGGGAUCAGCUGUAGAAUAUAUUUACAAAUUUAGGGUAAGGGAGAGAAGAGGAAAAGGUAUAAGAAACAAACAAGAAUUCCCAAAGCAGAAACAUACCAGUACAUCCCUUCUUGACUUAGAGACUUAGACCUGUGACUUGAAAAGAAAAUGCUUCUACUUGUGAUCAUUUCUCAUCUCCACUCACUUGUUCCCUGCGCCCUCAGUGGAGGCAGACUCACCUCAGCAUAAAGGAACUGAUUCUCUUCUCUGAGGAUCUUCCUUUCCUUUACGGGAUUCAUUAGAACAGUCCCUUUGAUUUUCUACCCCAUUUGAGGGCCCCUCUAAUGCAGUUUUGUAGUCAGUAGGAUGUGCUCUCCUGGAUACUAGUGAAGACAGCAUUUCUUCUCUAGUGACAGAGCAUUUGCCAAAACAUUUAUUCCACUCCUAGUCUGGGAUCUUAUAAAUCUAGAGGAAAAUACUGCUCUUUCUUAUAGGCAUCAUCCAGCAUUGCUGCCUUGACUUUUGCUGUUAACUUCUCCAUUGACAUGUCUGGCUGCUCUUUAUUUUAACCCCAGUUAAUGACCACCACAUGAAAAAUAAUAUUUGCUAGUAAUUAUUGAAUGAUUAUUAUGAACUAGCAACCAAGGUUUUUGCAUGCAUUAAUGCACUUAAACUUCAUAACAACUUUAUGAGGUAAGUUCUAUUAUUAUUCCCCCUUUAUACAGAUAAGGAAACUGGGGCAAAGAGAAUUAACACCCAGAUUUAUAUAUAAGAAGAUUUAUAUAUUUAUAUAAGAUUUAUAUAUAAGAACUAAGUGGCAGAGCAGGGAUUUGAAUGCAGACAGUCUGGCUCAGGAGUCCUUUAUCACUCCUGCUUCUAGGUAGAAAAGAAGUUUUAUUUUAUGUGAGAAAUUAUUUGUUUUAAUAAAAAGAAAAGUAAAGGAGGUUUAUGCCUUUUAGAAGUAAAUUUAUCUGUCACACUCUUAUCAGAAAUUUUUGGUUCCUUAGUAUCAGGGGGAAUUUUGUCUAAAUCUCUUAUAGAAUUUUAUAUACAUUUUGCUUUAGAGAAGUAAAUGCAAGAAAACAUAUUUCAAGUUUUAUAUUAAAUAUUAGAUAAAUUGCAUGGUAUUUUGGAUGAAUGAACCAUAAACAAAUUCAUUCAUCAAAAAUACGCUUUACUGCCACAAAGCAGAUAACCUAGAUGAAAUGGACAAAUUUCUAGAAACACAAAAUUACCAAGAAGAAAAAAAUCUAAACAGACCUAUAGUAAGUAAGAGAUUGAAUCAAUAAUCCAAAAACCUCUCAACAAACUACAGAACCAGAAUUUGGGUUGACAAAGACAGACUGUAUACUAUGACAGACCAAGAUUUGCUGCAGGAAUACAGGGAUAGUUCAACAUACAAAAAUCAAUCAGUGUGAUAUACCAUGUAGUAGAAUGUGGGGAGCUCAGCCUGAAGAAACCAGAACAGUGCCAUGAAAAUAAAGCUCUUUGUUAUUAAAAAAAAAAAAAAACCAGAAUGAAGGGGAAAAGAAACAGAAUGAUCAUC